AUGUCUGAUCACAAAGAAGCAACAGUGUCUACUCCAGUUGCCAUCCCGGCGACUGAUGCAGCUCCCACUGUUUCAGCACCAGAGACAACAGCAAGCACAACAGCACCAGCAGCUGAGGUUGUGACGCCCAUUCCUGAAACAAGUCCUCCCCAAUAUGAAGAACACUCCAGAGAUGCGAUUGCAGCACCCGCAGUGUUCUCUCCCACGGCAGAGAACAACACCUUGAGUCCUCUUCCAGAGAAGCUUGCCCCAGCUGCAGUCGAUCCAAAUGUAAUUCCCCUUAACCGACUGGGUGAUACGCCAGGCCUCGUGUGUUGUCCAUUCUGCUUUCACACUGCCGUGACCAAAGUCAACAAAACGAGCACCAGUUCCACAUCUAUCGCUGCCGUCUGCUGCUGUCUUUUCGGUGGCAUUAUCUGCGCCUUUUUACCAUUCUGCUGCGAGAUGUGCCAUGAUUGCCACCACUUCUGCGCAAACUGCAAUAACAAAGUAGCAUUUGUUCCCGAUGAUGGCAGCACACAGGUUUACUCGCCUGCUAACCCUGCUCCGAUUCAGGGACAGGCACAGAAUCGGGCUCCUGUCAACACUGCCCCGACGCCCAUUCAACCUCCACAGGCUGUGCCUGUGAUUAAGAAGUAG